GCGGAUAUGAAUUUGGUUAUAUUGAACGAGAAAGACGAGGCCGAGCUUGUGAAAGCGGUGGCCAAUUUAAGAUGCGUGGUAGAAGUUCUUCAAAGUAGCUGGAGCCAAUGGAAUAACCAACGCACGUUGUAUGUGGUGGAGAGGAUCUCAUGACUCAACUCCCAGCCCAGACCUCGCAGUAUUGAUUCGGCAUGGUCCCGAGCUUGGAUUAUGCAGGAGAUCUUGCUCGGAAGACACCGUAUACUGUGGAGUGGACAGGAAAACUGGACUACUCCGUAUGGUAGUGAGCACCCUACAGUUGGCCGCGUAUAUCAAGGAUUUUAUGGAUGCUGCUUUGCUGUGGGUGCCGCGGGAGUAUAUAUCCUCUCUGGUAGAACACCCUUCCUGACGGACUACGAUCGCAGACCUGGUUUGAGCGAAAUAACGUAUUACUUCAUGUAUCUAAACAAAGAUCGGAUCACUGAGGCGACAGCGUACGUCUAUUGCUCACUUCGUGAUGAACUUAAAAAGAGGGCCUUGGAUCUCUGGAGGCGACAGGAUUAUUUCGCCAAAGACCGACUAAAUUUGUUGAGCGCGCAUCUGGGAUCGUAUUAUCUGAAAGUCGGAGAAACGCGGCGAAAAGACAUCGUAAAAGAGCAAUCACGCGGGAAGGGCAUCAGUGCAUUUGAGCAACUGUGCAGAAUCCUCCGUGCCUUGCAAGAGGAAUGUGGGGUUGUGAGACUGUCCAGAAAGCAUGCGGCAUCUUUAACGGGGGAGUUCAAGAAUUUGGGUGGCCCGUGCUGGGACGGGGUGUUUGAUUUUGUUCCGAUCUACGGAUCUAAGACAGAGGAGAAAGUGCCAAAAGUUGUAUCCAGUGCAGCGUCCAGGAAUCUCUUCAAGCGCGAGCUUUUCACUUUUACCACCUUGGAUGGGGUGCGCCACAUGACUGCAAAGACCAUAAUACUUCCUGAGUACCGUUGCAGAUUCGGACGAGGGUGGGAGACAGAGUACGAAGAAAACAACAGCAUACACGUCCAAGUCGUCAUCUCGGCCGAUGGCCUAGAAGUCCAAACAAAAACGGAUGUAGACACGGCGAGGUUAUUGAUGAAUGAAAAGCCAAUUCUCCUGGUGCACGAGCUUGUCAUUCUUGCUACUUUCCGCGGGAAAGAACCCACGCGACAUAUCGAUUAUAUGUGGGGUCCAAUAUGGCAGUGGAUGGGAAUGGGUCGAUGACGGAAUGCUCGUGGGCAGGUGGUGGAUAAUGGUGGAUGUAGGUGUAUUCAGUGAAUUUACCGUACAACCUUGUUGCUUAUAGGAUAUUCG